GCUAAUUUGUUUUGAUAAUAAAUUGGAUGAAAUAUUGCAGAGAAAAGAUUGAUAUUUUUGAAUAUAAAAAUAUUCAGGUUAUAAGGAUUCUUAAAAUUUUCUUAUGAAAUUUUCCAAAUAGCUAUGCGAAUAUGUCUUGUUUCAGAUUUUUUCUAUCCAAAUAUGGGUGGUGUAGAAGAACAUAUAUUCAAUUUAUCCCAGUGCCUAUUAGCAAACGGACACAAGGUUAUUGUUAUAACACACACGUACAACGAUCGAAAAGGCAUAAGGUAUAUGACAAGGGGUUUGAAAGUAUAUUAUUUACCAAUAAAGGUAUUUUAUAAUCAGUCAAUUCUUCCAACAAUUAUUUGCAAUAUUCCAUUGCUUCGCCAUGUGCUAUUGCGAGAACGAAUUGAAAUAGUGCAUGGUCAUUCAGCUUUUAGUGUUUUAGCUCAUGAAACAAUGCAAAUUGGUAAACUAUUAGGACUAAGAACUGUAUUUACAGAUCAUAGUUUAUUCGGAUUUGCCGAUUUGUCAGCAGUACUCACAAACAAAUUCUUGCAGAUAUGUCUUUCUACUUGCAAUCAUUGUAUAUGUGUUUCGCAUAUUGGGAAGGAGAACACAGUCUUAAGAGCUUUUGUCCCCAAAGAAAAAGUUUCGGUGAUUCCGAAUGCGGUUGACACUGCCCAAUUCACCCCAGAGCCAUCAAAACGUGUAAACGCAAAUGAAACUAUUACGAUUAUAGUUGCAUCACGUUUGGUGUAUCGAAAAGGAAUUGAUUUUCUUGCUGAUGUUAUACCUCGAUUUAAAAAUAAUAGCAAUGUUCAUUUUUUGAUAAUUGGCGAUGGUCCAAAACGAGACUUACUUGAGGAAACAAGGGAGCGAGCAAAUAUGCAAAGUUGUGUUGAAAUGAUUGGUGCUGUUGAGCAUUCGAAAAUGCGUGAUUUGUUAGUUCGUGGUCAUAUAUUUGUAAAUUCAUCUUUAACAGAAGCUUACUGCAUGGCCAUUGUUGAAGCUGCAGCUUGUGGUUUGCAGGUUGUGUCCACAAAAGUCGGUGGAAUACCAGAAGUUCUUCCGUCCAGAUUGAUUAUAUUAACUGAAGCUGACUCAAACUCAAUUUAUGAGGGAAUUUUGCAAGCUAUGGAAAGAAUAAAGGAAAAUCGAAAAAUUUCCAAACCUUCUUAUGGGCGUCGAAUUUAUAAAACUGCAAAUUCUGAAUGUACUUCCGAUAAAAAAGAUAAAUCGAAGACUGUUCCUAUUUCUAAUAAUGUAAGUAAAGGUGGAAGUAAUUCAUGUUUAAAACCAGUUGAUAAGCACUGCAACAACAGUCUCAAACGAAUAAAUCAAAAAAACAACUUUCCAAUGUCUUACAAUAAACCUGCCGUAGAACCAUUCACCAAUAAAAACGGAAAAAUUUUUGUAGAAGACACUGAGCAAAGGGAAAUUGAUUUUGAUUUUCUAAUGAAAGAAAUCAAUAACGUACGAAGCGGAACGUUAUGCCCAUAUAUUUGUAAUGAAAUUGUUACUAACUUAUACAAUUGGGAAAAUGUAACACAGAGAACGGAAAAAGUUUAUGAACGGGUAUUAAAAGAAAAGGAUCCACAAUUAGGUGAAAAAUUAGCUGCAUACCUUAGAAGUGGAGUCUGGCCAUUUUUGUUAGUUAUAAUGCUUUGUCACUGGAUACUAAGAUUUUUGGAGUGGUUACAACCAACUAGCUCAAUUGAAAUUGCCUUGGAAUAUCCAAGAGGCAAAAAAGAUAAAAAUAAUAAGAAUUAAAUUUUAAUUCAAAUGCAUUUGUUAGUAUUAUUUGCAUUUUAUGUAAUAAUGUUCAAUAGCUUUAUUCGGUAGUAUUUUAUAAAAGUAGGAAUAGUUAAAUUAUUUAAAAAUUUAAUGAUGUAAAUAAAAAUUUUUUUUAUUCAUUUACGGUAUCGUACCUAGGUAAUAAAAAUGUUUUUUUUAAACUUUAAAUUGAUGCAAAAUCUUAAAGAAAUUUACAAUUUAGAUAAUUUAAAUUAUAAGUUGUU